CGCCUCCCUGAGUGCACCCGCGGCAUGCGUCGCUGACCGUCUCCCGCCACCCGACAUCGCCGUACACAUGGACAACUCCUGCCUUCUCGACCUCCUCAUCAGGUGCUUCGCGAUGACCGAGCCCGAGGACCUCAACUUCACCGCGUUCACCGACCUCUGCCGGCUGUGCUCGCUCAAGAGCGGCCCGAGGCUCCAUAUCUUCGAUAAGGAGUCCGAGCAAAGGCAGAUCCUUUUCAAACUUCGGACCUGUUUGCCCACUAUGCAGAUCUCCAAGGACGACUUUCUGCCGAAGAAGAUCUGCGAGCGGUGCGUGGGCCGGCUGGAGCAACUUUACGAGUGGAGACAAAGCUGCCUCGCUACAGACUCCGUGCUGAGGAAUUAUGCCGAGUCCAUGCGCAUUGUAACAUCCACUAUCAACUUUCAGGAUGGUACCGUGAAUAUGGAUAAGAUGACAGAAGCGCAAAAGACCGCGUAUUUAGAAGCCCAUGUGGCAGUACAACAGCACAUGGCGCAAGCUGCUGCUGCUGCACGACGUGAACAACAACAACAACAGCAGCACAGCAACAGCAGCAACAACAACAGCAACAACAACAACAACAGCAACCAACAGCAACAACAGCAACAACAGCAACAACAGCAACAGCAACAACAGCAGCAACAGCAGCAACAACAACAACACAUGAACUCUCCCAUCAAAGUACCAGUAGUGAGUUCCAGCACGGGAGGUCCGGACAGCACCUUUACUGUGCCCGAUGAUGUCGGCAUGGGCUUCGAAGGCGGUGUCAGAGUGCUACAGAGUCUUGGCAACUGGUCACCAGAAGUGACGAACACUAUACCUAGGCCAAACCUAAUACCGUUCACGGAACCAUAUGCAGAAGGCGGGUCCAUGCACCCAGGAACGAGGCUGAAAGCCCUGCAGACGGGCACCGUGAGAAAACACCCUGCAAUCAAACCUACCAGCUCUACUAAUGAAGGUAGCAAAGCAUUCGAGUGUACAGUUUGUGGAAAAGGACUAGCUAGAAAAGACAAACUCACGAUACAUAUGCGAAUUCAUACAGGUGAAAAACCUUACGUAUGCGAAGUAUGCAACAAGGCAUUCGCGCGACGAGACAAGUUAGUCCUGCACAUGAAUAAAUUGAAGCACAUAACGCCAUCCAAUAUUGCCCCAUUGGGUAAGCGUUCGAUUUCGAUACCACCUUUAAAAUUAGAUGACGUUAAACCUCAAUUAACCAAACAAGAGGACACAAAGCCUAGUCAAGCAGAAAUCGCGGCUGUAGCACAACAGCAACAACAACAGCAACAACACACGCACCAACAAGCGAUCCAGGUCUGCCAGGUACCCGGGCACAACUUUACGAAUACAAAUCUGGUGCACACGAGUGCUGCGAGCGCCGCUGUGGCGGCGGCUACUGCGGGCAUGGUGGUAUCAUGGUCAUGCGAACUUUGCGGACGACUGUUCGCCACUAGAGACGAGUGGAGCGCACACGCCAAAUCCCAUCUGCCAGAUACCAAACUCCUGCAGGAUAAGAUGCAGGCGCAUCAACAGCAGCAACAACAACAACAACAGCAACAACAAGAAAAAGUCCAUUUAACGAAUCAAGAGAAGCUGCAGUUGCUGCAUCAUCAUAAUCAAAAUCAGCAGAUACUGAAUGGGCACGGGAUAGCAACUGCUUCCGUGUCGACCGCCACUGUGGUAAACGAGGGCAGUGGCGGUGGCACGUACUUCACACACGGACACACACACUACGCCCCCGAAAGACAGCACACACAUGCCCAUCACCUCUGUCUUAUGUGUAGACAGGAGUUUGCCGGCAAAGCGGAGUUCAUGUUCCAUGUGCGAGGUCACUUCGAGGGCAAAGUGAGCGACAUCGCCGCGGCCGAUGUAUUGGCCCGUUCCCUCGUCGACAAUUCCGGGCUGUGUACCUGAGCCGCGCCAACGUCCGUCAGUAAUUACCAAUCUGACGGCUGCAAGGCAGUGAUACAGGACGACACGAUCCUGUUGAAGUUUUGAGAGUUAAGUGAUAUUUAUGAGGAGCUCAUGAACUUAUUGUCGAAGUAACCCUAAGUAUUAUACUGAUAAGAUUUCAUUUUCAUUAGACUUAGAGAAGAUUGAAUCCGUAUUGACAAGAAAAGCUAGUAUACCGCUAUGAAAAUCUAUUGAAACUUUGAUUUUUUAUUAUUUUACUUGAUGCAGCUAUUAAAUUAAUCCUAUUAAAAGAAUUCCUUAAAUUAAAUAUACUAGGAACUCUUUGACUACAUUCAACUAUGACUGCCUAUCAUUUGCGACAAAAUGAAAUAGUCCGAAAUAUUUUAUACAAUAACACAAAAAAUCCGUCCAACCAUUAACACAUCCUAUCCACAUUUUUCUGUGCGAUUUUUUCUAAUAUAUAAUAACAUCUUUUCUGCAUAACGGAUAUCUUGACGCGUAGAGACGCGUGCGGAGGCAUCUUAAAGGAGGAGGAAAAUCAUAAAUAUUACUAACCUUUUGAAUAAAAUAAUUGUACAGUUCUGAGAAAAAAUUGUGUCCGUUUAUAUAGAUU